CAGGAGGAGAUACAUUAUUUCGGACCACCGGUAAGGCCAUAACUGAAAGUACACUAGGUAUAAAGUUAACAUUUCAAAAACUCUUCAUAUAAUACCACAAGAAAAGAACCUCAAACUCCAUUACAUCGUCAUCUCUACAACUAAUGGUUGUUCUUAAAAAGAAAAGCAGGGCAAAACCGUCCUAAAAGCACUAAUUAUACAACGAACACUGUAACCAACCUCUCCAACCGUGUGUGCUUCAGCCCCCUGUCACAAUCCUGCACGAAAAUGAGGGGAGACCCCUAUUCAACGAAGAGAAAGGAGAGCAAUGAAUGAAAAUCAGUUGAGAAAACUUAUUCAUCCAGUUAAAGUGUGAUACUUGUCAUAAUAACGCAUGGAUUCAGUUCACUCUCCAACUAAAAUGCAGACGCAGGGCAAUAUUACUCACUAAACCCACAUAACGAUAUAUAACCUCGACUUAGCACGCUAUAUGCACAAAAAGUAUAGCAAAGUUGGUCUUACAGCAACGGACAAACUGCUAAUGGUCGGUCAGACAUACAUCAUUAUGGCCCCGGUUAGCUAGUACUAAUCUAGUUGAGGGCAACGAACUUUCAGAUGCCAAUACAUAUAACCAACUUUAUGAGUGUCUUCUGGGUUCAUUUUACUUACCUUAGCAGCAGGAGAUUUCACCCAGACACAAGCUUUACAACAAUGCAUAUGGAGUUGAGUAUGAUGAGGGGAACUCUCAUGUACUGCGUUGCGUAAAUAAGACCUAUAAGCUGCCCCUUGAAAGACUUUGUUCGGCCUUCCGAGAAUUCAGAGAAGCUCCAUCCUCUAGGUCCGAGGAAACGGUCUUCGUUUAGUAUGGCUAAUGCAUUUGCAAGUAGCAGACACCCCUCUAACAAAGUCCACAAACCCAUGUCCUGCAGCCAUUGUACACACAACAACACUCAGUAAUCUUGAUCUACCAAAACCCCACGCACCAGAAUUAUCAACCAGAAACUCCAGUAGCAACAUCAAUCAGAAACCCUAGUGAAAACCUAAAAGUAAUGCAAUGUGCAAAAUUAACGAACUUGUGGAGCAUUAAAGAAGCCACUCAGCACCGACGAGAAUUCUCAAUCGCUGCACAUUUCCUGGAUUAAUCAUGAGCAUUGGACCCAAAAAUUGAAAUCCUCAGCUCACCAGUGAGCCCCACGUAACUCCCAAACUAAUUUCAGAGAAAGCUCGAUCAAAAUAGGAAAAAGACCUAUGAUCUGGCAUUUGAACACAAUGCCCAUUUCAUCCCAGAAUCCAGAAAUGACAUAAUCAAGAAAAUCCAGAUUGAAAUUGAAGAGCGCAAGCAAGAAGCAAACGAAAGUGAUUCACAGAGAAGAGAGAGCGGGAAAGAAGUAAGAUACCCUGGGAAGAAUUGCUUCGGAGUUGGAUUCCCAGAGAACGUCCGGCGACUGAAGAGCUAACGUAGAAAUUGUGUAGUUAGAUCGGACAUGUGCGAACUGACUGACUUUGUAUAAGUUGUUGGGUUGGGCCCGAGAAGGAUGUGGGCUUGUUACUUGUUUUAUCCAGUUGGUUUAACUAGAAAUGGACCACUCACAAAUUGGGUUGGCUUAUAUGGGCCGGACUGAUAUCAUGGGUAUCAAUCCAUACCAAACUACGACUCGAGCAGUGUUGCUAUAUCACGAUACUUCUAAUGUUCGAUAUGAUAAAUUAUAAAAAAUGAAGAAAUUGUCCGCGUGUUUUACUUUACAGGUUGAAUGUUCGUUUCUUAUCAGUCACAUUCCAUUUUUGCAUGACAUUUUCCCUUUCUACAUCUCAUAUUUGGUCAACGCAGAGACCAAACAUCAUUAUAAGAUCUAAGAACAAUCAUUCAAAGAACAUUUAAAACUAGCUAAUCUUUUACUGGUUGAAUAGACUCGUCAUUUUUAUGAUUCACAUGAGCAAGAGUAUUUUAGAAGAUAUAAAUUUAGCUAAGGCAUUUAUAACACCAAAAAAGUUCCACUAACGGGUAUUUGAGCAAUUUUUUGUAGCCAUUUUUUAAUGAGAAGAUAGAAGAAUGAAGGAGUGGAAUUGGGUAGAAGUUUUGAGAUAGUAUCAUAGUACCAAUUACCAAACAUAACGGUUAAAGAAAGCAUAUUUCUUUGACAUGGGAGCUUAACAAGAAAUAGUCUUCCCGUUAAAGCAAAGUUGGUUGAAGUUUUGGUAAAAAAAAAAAGUUGGUUGAAGUUAGGCUCAGCUUGAGUGAGAAAGUGGGCAGCUCAAUUCCUUCCUCUCUCUUUCUACUCAUUCCCUCCCUCCUCCUCCUCUCUCUCUCUCUCUCCCCACCAUAAUCAUCACCAUUUUUUCUCUCUUGUUUCCUCCCAUGGAAUCAUCAUCACCAUCUUGAUUUAUAGCAAACCAAAAUGGAAAAGGGAUACGAAAGAAUAGAGAGUGUGUACAAAAUGUAAGUUAGAAGAAAAGUUUUGUGGAGAGAUACAAAUGGCAGUGUGAAGAAACGGUCUAGUGUUGAGAUUUUGAUAGAGAGACAAGGAGGAAGAGAGGGACAGAUAAACAACAACACCACCAACAAAAGGGGGAAAAAACCCAUUUAUAAUUGCUAAAAAAGAUAUCCACCAGAAAGAACCCACCACCUCUCCACUUCCACCAACACCAUCCUUCUAUAGGAAAGCCAGGUAGAGAAACAAGAAAGAAAAAGAGCAAGAGCAAGAGCAAAAGCAAAAGCAAAAGAGAGAUAAUUGAAAGGGUCUUCUCUUCUUUUGCUGGCUGGCUGGUAAAAGGGGUUCUUCUCCUUUGGCUGGCUGGGUCUCUCUGUAGUUUUUGCCUCUCUUCUCUUCUCUUUCCUUUUCCCAACUUUCUUUGCUUCUUGAACCAGCUUUCUGCCAUGGUGAUUCCUCAACUGGGUCUCCAACCAGGUACUCAAUUGCCUCUCCCUUUUCGUUGAGCUUGUUAUGUUUUUCUCCUCUCCUUCUCUAAGUUCCUUGCUUUAGCUGUUUCUGUUGGGAAUUCUGCUGUUCCUCGAUAUGAUCAUCAUCUGGGAAUAUAUGGUUAAAAGGUGGGAAGAGUAUUUAUAUAAAUAGUAAUUCUUUCACUCCUCUUUAUCUGGAACUCUGUUUCUCUUGUUUAUGUUUGUUGGGGAUCCGCAUCAAGGAAAGAUAUUUGUAUUUGUAUUUUUUUUUUGGUUGUGUGGGGGUUUUCAUUUCCUCUGUCUCUUGGAUCUGUUGCCUUCAUUUUCCUUGUCUGUAUUUUGGCUUCUGCAAAUUCUUCUGACAGUCUUGUCAUGGAGACUGCAAGUAAACAGCUGACUUGUCUAAUAUAUCUCUAGCUGAGGAGGGAGAGAUGUUUUUUAUAAUAAUUUUUUAUUCUUAAUUUCUGUUUCUUGGCAUGUUGUUGCUUGUCUAUGUAUGCUUGCUUGGCUUGGUUACAUAUGACUUGCUAGUUUGUAUUUGGUCAUUUGUCUUGGCAAAAACUGGUUCCACUUGUUUGAUCACAAAAGAAAGAAAGAAAUCUCUGGACUUGGCUCUUACUUGAGAGGGUUUAGAUUCCUUUGAUUCUUCUUGUUCUGCUCUUAUUAUUUGGCCUGUUUCCCACUUCAAAGUUCAUGAAUUUGUGAAGAUUGCUUGUUAAAUAGCCUGCAAAUUGUGGAGUAUAGUCAGUAGAUUUGUAAAUGUCCAAUGGGUUUGACAGGUUUCUGGACUUGUUCUUGGGUAAUGGGGUUUCGACUAUUUUGGUUCUCUCUCUUGACCUGUAUUUUGUUUAUUUUUAAACCUACUAAGUACUUUUGCUUGUUCCCCACUUCAAGUUAAUGAAAUUGUCAAAUGAUUGCUAUUAUAGAUUGAUUUGACAUGUUCCUUUGGACGGAAUGUCUGUUAGUUGAGUACCCCUUACUCUGAAGAACUCUGGCAUUCUUUCAUCAGAAACUGUAAGAUGCUACGAACUGAUCAAGGUUUGCUCUGGACUUGCAGAACUAGUGGUACUGCUUACUUCCCCGUCGAGCUGAAAACAGUGAUGCGGGAAAGAUGGGGAAGAAGGGAAGUUGGUUUUCAGCAAUCAAGAGGGUCUUCUUGCCCCAUUCCAAGGAUAAAUUAGCUAAUGAACCAGAUAAGAAAAGUAGUAGUAAAGAGAAAAAGAAGAAAGGCAUAGGAAAGUUCAGGCAGGGUGAAAGCAGCAGCUCAUUUAUUCCAUUGUUCAGAGAACCGAGCAGUAUCGAGAAGAUAUUGGAUGAGGCAGAAAGAGAACACAAACUAACUUUCAGGCCACUAACUCCUCCUGCUGAACAGCCUAGAACUCCAACUUUUGUGCCUCCACCUUCCAGAUUAGUUUCUUCUUCUCCACGGGUUCCCUCUCUAAGAGUUAAUAGCUCUCCAAGGGCUGCUACUUCUCCAAGAGCCCCAUCCCCAAGGGCUGCUGCUUCUCCUAGGCCUCCAUCUCCAAGGGCUGCUGCUUCCCCUAGGCCUCCAUCUCCAAAGGCUGCUGGUCCUUCAACUUCUGCUAGAGCAACUUCUCCGAAGAAUGUGGAGCGUGAGAGGCAAGUAUAUAGGAGGAUUGAGCCAACAUUGAGAAACCAGAAUGCUUGUGCUACCAAGAUCCAAGCAGCUUACAGAGGCUAUGUGGCAAGGAGGAGCUUUAGAGCCUUGAAGGGUCUAGUGAGGCUCCAGGGAGUGAUCAGAGGACAGAAUGUGAAGCGCCAGACAAUGAACGCAAUGAAAUGCAUGCAGCUCUUGGUUCGUGUCCAAUCCCAGAUUCAGUCGCGGAGGAUUCAGAUGUUGGAAAACCAGGCAAGACAACAUAAGAACAAUGAUAAAGAAGUCGAGUCUCACUUGGGCAAAUGGAGCCAAGCUUCGGAAGCAGGGAAUGGGGAUGACUGGGACGACAGUGUACUGACAAAAGAUCAGGUUGAGGCCAGAAUACGGAGUAAAAUGGACGCAGUGAUCAAGAGAGAAAGAGCAAUGGCAUAUGCAUAUUCCCACCAGCUAUGGAAGGCCUCUCCGAGGGCAACACAACUAUCCCUAACAGACAUCCGGUCGAAUGGAUUCCCAUGGUGGUGGAACUGGCUCGAGCGCCAGCUCCCCGCCUCAUCAUCAAACAACAACCAGGAAAGCCAGCCGACAAAGAGUUUCCACCCCACUCCCACAAGGCCAUCAUCAGAGGUGAAGCCUAGCCCUGUACAUCAACAACAUUUCACCUACGACAGCAUGGACACCCCCACACCGCGGUCUACAAGGUCCAAUGCCAGAUUUGUUCGAACGCCGGUCCACAAGAUGACCCCAAACAACAAUGCAGCAAACAGCUCAUCAGGCUUAUCGAAGUACUCGAGAGCACGAGGAGGAGGAGGGGGUGAUCACUCCUCCCCAUCACCAUUCAACUUCCCAUCCAAGGACGACGACAGCCUGACGAGCUGCCCGCCAUUCUCGAGGCCUAACUACAUGACUCCAACGGUCUCCGCCAAGGCAAAGGCCCGUGCCAACAGUAACCCAAGGGAGAGGUUCCCUCUCCCUGGUACUCCGAGCAGCGAGAAGAGGAGGGUCUCUUUCCCUUUUGGAGGUGGGCAAUCAUUCAAGUGGAAUGCAGGCAGUUUGUUCUCUUCCAACAGCAACAACAAGGGCUCUGGAUCACCAAGGGUGAUUGAGAAGCACCAGCCAAUUCACUCCAUUGGGAAUUUGAGUGUUGAUUCCACAGUUUCCAUGCCUGCUGCUGUUGGGAGAAGGCCAUUUAACAGGUUUGUGUGAGUUUGUUUUGAGGUCCCUCCUUCUCAUCUUGUAUACUUCUGUUGUUGAACAUAUGUGUUUGCUUCUCUCUGUAUGUUUGGUUUCAUUUUUGGGUUGUUUUUCAUUUUUUGGUUGAUGUGGUGUAACUUUGAUUGAGUGGAUGUGAUUGAGACAAUUAUACUGGUGUAAGAUAAUAACGGAAAAUAGAACAUAGUAUGUGGUUGCUUCUAGUGCACGGCACGGCAGGAGUCCUCUUUGGGUUCCCACUUUACUCGAUGCUUCUGCUGUUGCAGAAAUUAUGGUGCGCCAAUGCGAUAUUUCGGUCCCAAGCUUCUAUGUACGUAAUUCAAUUCAAAUAGAUAAUACGUAAUACGGCUAGCUAUUCAAACAUUGCCAGGUUGUAUUAUCAAACCAUCAUUUCUUCUUCGCUCUUUAGAAGACUAGCUUUGUUCCCGGCCUAAAUGGCCGGGUUAGUUUUAUAAUUAUUAAUUAUUCGAAAUUACAAUUAAACUAAUAUUGGUUAGUUUAUCAUUUGAAUUGAGGUAAUUUAUUUGUGAUCAUAAAAUUUAUGUUUAUAUUAAGUUUUGUUCUAAUUUCAUCAAAAAUUUUAUUCUUUUACUUGUGAAGUGGAAAGAUUAAAAAAAAAUAGAAGUAACAUGUUAGA